CCAUUCUCCCAUUUCCUCACAAGUAGCCUCCAUCACCAACCUACCAUUUAGUUCCUGCUUAUCGUUAGCAGAGACAGGACAAAAACAAGGCCAAGACAGCCCUUUUCUCAAAGAUUUGGUUUUCUGCUGCUGCAUCUUACAAUCUCAGGACUACUAUGCAGCGUUUGAUUGCAGGGCAUGUGGGAAAGCUGGCUCGUCACACGACAGUGGCCAUGAACACCAGCAGUGUGAGGAUGGCAAGCCAAAGUCACGAGCUGUCAGAGACAGUAGACAUGUCCAAACCAAUGUACUGUGAUCGUGUGGACAUCCCCCUGCCGGACAAACCCUACAAAGAUGUUCUGACUGAUGCCGACAAGAGCCUAAAACAGAAGGAGAAAGGACCGUGGGGAAAACUGACCAAAGAGGAGAAGCUUGCCUUGUAUCGUCUCACAUUCUGCCAGACUUACCCAGAAAUGAAGCAGAAGACAUCUGAGUGGAUGACUGUCCUGGGUGGCAUCUUCUUCUUUCUGGGUUUCACUGGCCUGGUGGUCUGGUGGCAGAGAGUUUAUGUCUAUCCUCCACGCCCUAGAACCGUUGAAGAAGAGUGGCAGGCCAAGCAGCUGCAGAGGAUGUUGGACAUGAGGAUUAACCCGGUCCAGGGAUUCUCCGCCAAGUGGGACUAUGAGAAGGGCCAGUGGAAGUAAACAGACGACUGGACUGGGACUGAGUUGGUACAGAGUCAAGUUCUCUGACCUCGAAUCAUGGUUUUGGUCCAUUUUGAACAGUAUGGUUUUUGCAUAUAUGAUCCACAUUCACUAAAAUAAAGGAUCCCAUUCAA